GGAGGGUCCCUGUCUAACCGAUGCUGCUAGCCAGGCUCCCCCCCCCCCCCCCAUUCACCUUCAGCGAGCACCCACGAGAAGUAGUGGUCCUGUGAAGGGUGGGGUGACUCCGACAAGAGCUGUGUUCACCAUCUCUGGUCUGCUGAGAUUUCUUCUUCUUCUUUUUCGUCUUCUUCUUCUUCUUCUUCUUUUAUUCCAAUGGCAUCCUUGUACUUUGAGAGGAUGGAGAGGUUGCAGCAUGCUAGCAAGUCCUGAUUUUUGUUAGUUUUGUUUUGUUUGUUUGUUUGUGUCCUGAACAUGGGGUUUAAUGCAAAUGUAGGUAGGUCUAGUGUUGGACCGACGUGGUUUAAAGCAGAGCAAUAAAAUGUAAUUUCUCACUUUUGUCAGGAAUGGAAAGGUGAGAGCCUGAUGAAGAGCAAAGCUUUGGGCACAAACUGGACUCUCAGUGGAACCCCAUCGUGGAUCUUAUGUGCCUUUUUAAACACACAGCAUCCUGUUGAAGACCCCCCCCUCCCCCUUCUUUACCACUCUUUUCCUCUUUUUUUAUGCUCAUGCAUCCGCCUCCGUCUUCCAGACGCAUUGAUCCGAGCUAGUUUGCCCUGUUUUUUUUAAUUUUAUUUUUUUACUUUCACCUUUUGUUCCUUUGUAAAGAAAUGCUUUACCUGAAAAAAUACUUCACAGAGGGCCUGAUUCAGUUCACCAUCCUUCUGAGUCUCCUUGGGGUGCGGGUGGAUGUUGACACCUACCUAAGCAAUCAGCUGCCCCCACUGAGAGAGAUCAUCCUGGGCCCCAGCUCAGCCUACACCCAGACCCAGUUUCACAACCUGCGCAACAACCUGGACGGCUAUGGCAUCCAUCCAAAGAGUGUGGACCUGGACCAGUUCUUUACAGCUCGGCGACUGCUGAACCAGGUGCGCCAACUGGAUCGUCUCUCUGUGCCCAGUACGGAGCUCAACACCUGGCUGGUGCACCGCGACUCUGAGACUGUGGUGUCCACCAGCAGCCAGUCCAGCCCCAGCAUAACACUGGACAAUGGGGGCGGCCUAGAGGACGUAAACGGCCCCGACGCCGCCCCGGCCAUGAGGGGAGGAGGCGGAGCACCUGAAUCCACGUACAACCUGAACGCGGCGGAAACCGGCCCAGGAGCUGUGGCCCCGGAGAGAAACCAGGAGCAGGGCGGCAGGGACGGCAAUGGCGACCUCACCAAAGAGGACAUUGACUUGAUAGACAUCCUAUGGAGACAGGACAUCGACCUCGGUGCAGGAAGAGAAGUGUUCAACUACAGCAACCGUCAGAAGGAGAGCGAGGAGGAGAAGCCCAAACCACGCGAGAACAAAGACGGGAAAGAGGAACAGGAGAGCUGGAGAAAUGGAGUGAACUUGCAAGGUGCUCAGCCCGUGGACGGGGAGACCGGAGAGAGCAUUCCAGAGCAGCUCCCGAGUCUCGGCUCGCAGACCUCCUUGUCUCUACAAGAAUGCUUGAGGCUUUUGGAGGCCACGUUCCCUUUUGGAGAAGAAUCUGAGUUUCCAGCCCCGGUUGUCGCCCCAGAAACCGUGUCAAAUGAAGAAGUUCCAUCUACGUCUCAGGGCCUUCCUGUGGCGCCACAGCUGCCCCCAGCGGAGCCUCAGUUAGACCUGGAGCAGCAGUGGCAAGACAUCAUGGCCAUCAUGGAGCUACAAGCAAUGGAAGUGAACAGCACUUCGCCACACAGCAACUCCAGCAGUGACAGUGGCACGAGCGGGACAACCGAGUCGAGCUCCACGGGAAACUUUGGACGCUCUUCUGGCUCGACGUCCGUGAACCAGGACGUCAGCCUCCACCAGGCCUCCCUCCCCAGCUGCAGCCAGGACUUCCCCCAGGUCUUCAAUCCCCAGGUGGAGUCUACUAGCAUCCCCCCGAGAACCGCCAUGCUCAGACCUCCCUCCAGCAACUCCAGCAACAUCAACUCCACGUUCGGAGCCACCAACCAGACGGGGAUCUUCCUCCCACCGCACGCCAAUAGCUCCAGUACCAACGUCACGUCGACGCCCAUCCUGCCCGAUCCAUUCAGCAACCUGCUGGAGGAGUCCAUGCUCGACGAGAUCAGCCUGCUGGACCUCGCCAUGGAGGAGGGCUUCAGCCAGGCCCAGGCUUCGCAGUUGGAGGAUGAGCUCGACUCCGACUCCGGUCUUUCCCUCGACUCCAGCCCCAGCCCGGCCUCCCCGAGCAGCUCCGAGACGUCCUGCUCCUCGGCGGCGUCCUCGUCUUCGACGUCCGCCACCUUCUCCGAGGAGGGAGCGGUGGGGUACAGCACCGACUCGGAGGUCGCGACCGCGGAGGCCGAGGAAGGUGCCGUCGGCGGUUAUCAGCCCGGAUACAGUAAGCUCUGCCGCAUGAGCUACCAGGACCCCUCCCAGUUCCACGGCCUCCCUCAGCUCGGCGGCAUCGGCCACAAUCACACGUACAACCUGCCGCUCUCCUCUGCGUUCGCCGAGCACCCGGAGCUCCCCAUCUCCGUUGGCAAGAAGAGCGUCCGCGACAAACACUCGAAGCUUCAGCCCGCUCAGGAUUUGCUCGACAAGCACGCGAGUCGCGACGAACGCCGAGCCCGCUCCAUGAAGAUCCCCUUCGCCAACGAGAAGAUCAUCAACCUGCCCGUGGAGGAGUUCAACGAGCUCCUGGCCAAGCACCACCUGAGCGAAGGCCAGCUGGCCCUCGUCCGCGACAUCCGCAGGCGCGGCAAGAACAAGAUGGCGGCCCAGAACUGCCGCAAGCGCAAGCUGGACACGAUCAUCAACCUGGAGCAGGGCGUCCAAGACCUGAGGCGCGACAAGACCCGCCUGCUGAAGGAGAAGAUGGAGUUCAUCCGCUCCAUCCGGCAGAUGAAGCAGAAGAUGCAGAGCCUGUACCAAGAGGUGUUCACUCAGCUGCGGGACGAGGAGGGCCGGCCCUACCCCCCCAACGAGUACUCGCUCCAGUACAGCGCCGACGGCAGCGUGCUCAUCAUGCCGCGCGGCGUGACCACCGCCGAGCAGAGCCGAAAGCCCGAGAAAAAACAAAAGGACAAAAAGAAGUGAGGCGGGUGGGCCGGGUUCAAACUGCUGUUUAUUCGAUCACUUUGCUGUAAGAAAGAUUUCUGCAGAUGCGAGAGAGGGAGGGAGAGAGAGAGGGAGGGAGAGAGAAGGAUGUCCUUUUUUGCUUUAAGAAGAUUCUGGUGAGUAGAAAAAUGGCAUUGUUGACGACUCUUCCUGCUUUAGUUUCUCCCCUUUUAUUCUGUUCCUGCAUUUUUUUUUUCUCCCUGGAAACAACUGGCAGAAUUAGCUCCUCGUCUGAGUACUGAUAUUUCAUUAUUGAGAUGCGCGUGGGGGGGGGAGGGGGAACGAUUAGCGAGGAGACGAGGGGACGUGGAUUUGAAAUGCCUUGAUUUCACAAUCUCAUUAUCUCUCACUUUAAAUGUGUUGAUGACUGGAGGAAGAGGUUCUCAGAGUAGAAGUGCUAUUACUCGUCUUAUCUGAAUGAGCAAUUAAGAGAGAGAGAAAAUGCGCCGCUCUUGAUCCUUUCGCUCCGCGGAGGAUGGAGAGGAUUUCUCGGGCGAAAGGAGAAAAGUGAACACUGUGGACGAGGAUGGUUGUAGUACCUAUGCACCGGAGGUUUUAAAGGACAGGUCACAUCACACCCUGGAGACUUUUUGUGAUUUUUUUUUUCUUUGGGUCACUUUCAAGUUCUUUUUCGGCGAAGAACAGCAUCUACGGUUGUGAGAGUUCAGUUUACCAAAGGCUAAAAGGAAGUCCAUCGUUUUAAGGAUGCCAUUAACACCUUUACUAACCAAAGGUCGUGCGGUCGAAACGCCGGACUCCAAUUCUGUCGGUUUUGGAGGCGGCCUGUUGGCGGCGUCCGAGCCGAGAGAAAAGGGCCCUGGAGAGCUUGACGGGUGGAAGGAGGAUGUUUGAGUCGGAGGCUGAGUGUUGCCAGGCUGGCCGCUGCUAAAAAAAUAAAUACAAAAAGAGGCCUGGAGGUGAAGCCCUGCAAGAGGAGCAGAUGGAUGUCUUGGGGAGGAGGCACACUGCAUUGCAAAAUGUAUCAACUUCCUUCUAAAUUAUACAUAGCACUGUAAUUUGUCUUUUUAAAGGCUUGGCUUAAUGCAUUUUGCUGCCGUGUCUGUCGCUAUUCCUUCGCUGCAGGUUUAAAUACGAGAGCUGCGUUAAGGAAGGCUCUUAUUAAUUGUUCAUAAUCUGUAGUAUAAGCAAGGUUAUAGGUCACAUCAGCUUUAUGUACAAGUCCACACUCUUUGUUUGUUUGCAUUAUUUAAUUUAAUUUAAAACGUCACGCUGAGCCUGUAAUCAUAGAGAGGAAGAGGCUGUGCUCGGUCACAGAUCACACUUAUGCAUCAUUUGGCGUUUUUCGUUGUUCCUCUUGAACGCCACGUUAAACCAGGCUCAGUUGUCUCUGUGGUUUAGGGAAAUCCCUUUUUUAUUUAACUUAUUUGCCAACGUUCCCCACCUGAAAGCCACUCGAGGUCAUUUUAUUUACUAAACUGCUGUAAAGCCGAGGGGUUGGCUUAAAUAUGACGAGUCCGAUGUUGUGUUACCAAAGUGAGCCAAGUUGUUACGUGAGAUGUGAGACGGAAAGUUAUUUGAAUGCGUGAAAUGACGUUGUGCGUGUUGUGGCCACUUGGAUUUGAAAUGCCUUGAUUUCACAAUCUCAUUAUCUCUCACUUUAAAUGUGUUGAUGACUGGAGGAAGAGGUUCUCAGAGUAGAAGUGCUAUUACUCGUCUUAUCUGAAUGAAGUUGUGUCAGUACGUGUUACAUCGCCCUCUUCUUGAAACAGAAUAUAUAUAUAUAUAUAUAUAUAUAUAUAUAUAUAAUAGGUCAGUUGUUGCAGCUGCGAUAGCGGUUAGGCUAGAAUAUUAACGAGAGCAGAACUGAACUGACGUUAAGAUGAUGUCCAAAAAAUGUGUUUUUGAAAGGAGAAACGUCUUCAUUAAAUGUGAUAUUCAGGCAUGAAACUCUGGUUAACAUAGACUUCAUAGCGACACCGACUAUUUAGUACUGCUACUACUUAGUGCACUUUUUUGUUGUUGUCUGUCUUGUUAUGUAAAUAUUUUCAUGUUUUGUGUUUGUCCUAAUUUAUGUAGUUUCUGUCAAAUGUCUCCACGACGGUCUCACCCUCUGCUUUCAGUUUGGAUGUAGUUCCCUCUUGUUUUCGAGAUAUUUGCCGGCAAUCAAGAAUAGUUUUUAUUGAUUAAUAAAGUGUUUUUAUUUUCA